AACGUCAUGGACGAUUCAAUUGACCCGAUCUCGAACCCUCACCCCCCAUCUGUUGUUCCCUGGGUUGCACCUGAACCAAGAAUGGUCUCCUCGGAAAAUGGCACGUCAGAUUCCUCAAUUCGAUUCACUCAACAUCUUUCAUCGAUUUUACCAUUUGUGAAUUCAAAUUCAGACCUUGGAUGCUACCUUGAAAAGGCAAUACGGAACGGCCCCCACUACAGCACCAUGCAGCACAUGAAGGCCAAUCAUAACGUCAACGUGCCAUACCGCAUGCUUCUGGAUACUGCAAGCCUGACAAUGCCAUCAUCUCAGAAGAUAGUGUUACUGGAGUUCUUAUUGAACGCGAACGAUCUGGACAUCAACAGGCAAGUGGAUGGCUGGUUUACUGUCUUGCGGUACUUUUACGAAGACAAGGAAGUAGUCGAGUAUCUAUUAAGACGCGGAGCAAAUCCAAACAUGGGGCCAGCAGCUGGUGCAAGAGUAAGCAUCUGGGGCGCAGAUGAGCUUGUUGAAGAUGCCGGUUCCGCACUCACGAUGGCCAUUCGUCGGGGAACCCUAGACGUCGUGGAAACGCUCGUGCAGCACGGCGCAAUUUUGGGGUAUAGCAUACCAGUUCACUGUGCGGUGGACAGAGGAGACGAAAACAUGCUUAGGAAAGUUCUCGAGCUGGGCGCGAACAUAGAUGAGACUGAUGCGACGCGUCGGCGUAUCUUCACACAGUAUUAUGGCUCUCCAUUGAUGCGGGCAGUCAGCCAAAACAAACUUCACAUGGUGGACGUUCUCCUUAGGAAAGGAGCUAAUGUCUGGUACCGCAACCGGAGGGGAAUGAAUGUAAUGGAUUUGAUUGAUGGGAGGGGAGUCGAUGCCCAGAUUAAGGCGAUUAUCAAUGCAGCGUGGCUUCAGAAGGCGUAA